AAUGGGUAUAAGAAUGUUGCCUCCACAUUGUAACUUUUCACCAGCGUCUAGAGAUUUCUGAAACCUCCAGACCAAAGAAGCAAAGAUAAACAGGACAUGAGUUGUCAGAAGUCAUUCUAGCAGCUUUUCAUCUUUCACUCUUCUCAACUCUCAAUUUUAUGAAUUCUAGGAAAGGAAGAUGGACCAACCAAGUGGAAGAAGUUUCAUGCAAGUUUUAUGUGAAAAAUACAGUCCUGAGAAUUUCCCCUAUCGCCGUGGUCCUGGGAUGGGAGUUCAUGUUCCAGCCACACCUCAGGGUUCUCCAAUGAAAGAUCGGCUCAACCUCCCAAGUGUACUGGUGUUGAACAGCUGCGGAAUUACCUGUGCAGGAGAUGAAAAUGAAAUUGCUGCCUUCUGUGCCCAUGUGUCUGAAUUAGAUCUUUCUGACAAUAAACUUGAAGACUGGCAUGAGGUCAGUAAAAUUGUGUCAAAUGUUCCUCACUUGGAGUUUCUAAACCUGAGUUCCAACCCUUUGAAUUUGUCAGUUUUAGAGAGAACAUGUGCCGGGUCCUUUUCUGGGGUUAGAAAACUCGUCCUCAACAACAGCAAAGCGUCUUGGGAAACAGUCCAUAUGCUACUGCAGGAAUUACCAGAGUUGGAGGAGCUCUUCCUGUGCCUUAAUGACUAUGAAACAGUGUCUUGUUCUUCUAUUUGCUGUCAAUCUCUUAAGCUACUCCAUAUCACAGAUAAUAACCUUCAGAACUGGACUGAAAUUAGAAAGUUAGGAGUUAUGUUUCCUUCACUGGAUACCCUCAUCCUGGCCAACAAUCACCUGAAUGCCAUUGAGGAGCCUGAUGAUUCCUUGGCAAGGUUGUUUCCCAAUCUGCGCUCCAUCAGCCUUCACAAGUCAGGUCUGCAUUCCUGGGAAGACAUUGACAAACUAAAUUCAUUCCCCAAACUUGAAGAAGUAAGAUUGCUAGGGAUACCUCUUCUGCAGCCAUACACCACUGAAGAGCGCAGGAAAUUGGUAAUAGCCAGAUUGCCAUCGGUUUCCAAACUUAAUGGCAGUGUUGUUACUGAUGGAGAGCGAGAAGACUCUGAGCGGUUUUUCAUUCGUUAUUAUGUGGAUGUGCCCCAGGAGGAAGUACCAUGCAGGUAUCAUGAACUGAUUACAAAGUAUGGGAAGCUGGAGCCCCUGGCUGAAGUGGACCUAAGACCCCAGAGCAGUGCAAGGGUAGAAGUCCAUUUUAAAGAUCAGGUGGAAGAAAUGAGUAUUCGUCUGGACCAAACAGUAGCAGAACUAAAGAAACAAUUAAAAACUCUAGUACAAUUACCAACAAGCAACAUGCUUCUCUACCACUUUGACCACGAAGCUCCCUUUGGCCCAGAGGAAAUGAAGUACAGCUCCCGAGCACUGCACUCCUUUGGCAUUAGGGAUGGAGACAAAAUUUACGUGGAGUCCAAAACAAAAUAGCCUCUGCUACCGUUGUACAGACAGACACACACACACACACACACACACACACGGACUUAUUUUCCUUUGAGAGGGAAAGGUUUGAUUUUUAUUUUGUUUUAAGGGUUGAAUUGCGUGCAUGUGUAAGUGUGGGUGUGUGCGUGCCUGUGCACCUGUGUGUAUGUAUGUGUGCAUGGGUGUGUGGGUGUAUGUGUAUGUGUGUGUAUGAGUGGGUGUCCCCUGGAACAGGGAGGGGGACCAUUUGGGGUUUUCUUUUCUACACAGGUAUCUGGCUCGGAUAACAUAAUUGGCCCUGAUCUCCAGUCUGUGUGCCCUCAUGGAAUAAGUAAAGAAGAGAUCACUGGAUUCCUUUUGUGUUCCUUAGAAGCUAUGUGACCACUAUGUACCACUACUACCAUACCAGUGUACUUGUGAGAAUAGCACGAAGGGUUCAUUGUUAUCUCCCUUUCCUCCCCACUAAGGUUAAAUCAGGAAACCAGGAGGCAUGGCAGAAAUGGCCAGCAGCUCGUCUCCUUGUUCCCUCCCUCCCCCUUCUCUCCCCACCCCCCGCUCCCAUCCAUUUUCCUUUCAUUUUUAAUUCAGGUCAGCUCAUUGACUUAAUUUAACUCUGAUUCUGUUUUGACUUGCCAUUUCUUGACAAGUGAUUUUUCUGGUUUCUAAAAUAAAUGAAAGGAUUUUAAUGCUCAUUCUCACCUGAUUUGGACCUCAGGUAUUCCAUAAGAUUAGAUGAGAGUGUUUAAAACUCUACUAGCAACACAUGCUGCGGCUGCUACAGGCGUGCAUGCAGUUUUUGAGGUAAUCUGUUACCAGGAACCUCCUAAUAUGUUAAUCUAUCCAUUUCAGCCAUUGAAAGUGCUCAUUCUGGCGCUUUGCAUUGAUGGUGGGGAAGAGUGAUCCCAUCCACCAAUUUCAUCAGGAACAAGCCAAAGGGCAGUUCAUUUUAUUUUACAUUUCAGUAAGUUACCUUAGUGAGAGUGGCAGUACAGGGACACUUCUGCCUAAUCUGGGUUAGGUAGGAAAACUCUUUAAAAUUGUCAUAAAAGAGAUUCUUGUCUGAAUAUUUUUUCUAAGCAUAAAAUGCGCUCUUUUUUUAAAAGCACUUUUCCUUCAAAGCUUGGUUUUUUACCUACUUUGAAAUCUUUUUGUUUGUUCCCAUCUUAACCUGUUCCAUCAGAUGUUUUCCCUACAUAGUGAGCCUCUUUCCUUGUCCAUCCUAUUGACAGGUUGAAGACUUUAGAAAUACUUAACUCUGGGAUUAAAGAUGUUCACAUGAAGUAUUUCUCAAAGAAUGUCAUUGGGUAUCUGGUUGUACCUGAACUUUUAACCUGUGAUAGAUGACUUCAUACCAUGUCACAAAUAACUUUUGUUCCUAUGAAGCUUUUGGAUGAGUCUUAGAAUGUCUUGUUUUGGGUGUUGGGUUUAUUUUUCUUCAUCUUUCUGUUUUUUCUAUGCCAUAAAGAUGGGAGUUUCUUCUCUUAAUGCACUUCAGGUUCAGUAUCUGUUAGGCUUUUGACUCAGAUUUGCUGAACUUCCAGAUUCUCUGCAACAUUAAAGGUAGAAACCAAAGGGUUCAAGAAAGAUGAAUGAGGUUCAUUCUUCUUCUGCUGUUGCUGCAGGCUUUAUCUUCCCAAAAUCAUAGAGAUGAAAAUAGGUGAUCCAGGCUGUAGAUAGAAUAGAAUGAUUAUUUCACUCUCGCCUUUUCUUGCAUUUCUUUGGAAGUGGGGAGAAAAAGUGUGGCGGCCAUGGCGUCAUAAUUAAAACACAUGGUGCUCUGUGUGUGUGUGCGCGUGUAUGUGCAUAUAUGUGUGCAUGUGCAUGGAGGUGAGAGACAAACAACAGAAUUGAGAAUGUUGUUUCUGUCAUUCCUUGGAACAAAUCUAUUCUCACCCUUGAGACUAUAAGAAAAUCCCUUAGUAGAAGGCAGAGCAAGCACUUUACACUUUAACCAUACGUGGAAUGGUCACAUUUAAUUAGAUAUUUUACUGUAAGUCGAAGUUUCAUGAAGUACAUUUUUAAUAUUAAAUAGCAACCCGUUUCUUCUAUUGUAAAAUGCACCAUUCAUCAGCUACAAUUUCAUUCAUUUUGUUGUGAAGUUGUAGAUAAAGGGAAAAUUUCUGGUUUACAGAAGAGCGAUUUCACUUGGGUAUGGUGCUGGUGUUAUAACCAGUGGUAUUAGUGCUGUGUGAUUAUUGACUAUAACAACUUGAACAACACAAUUACAGGUCUUUUAGAGUCGCAGAACAGAAGCGAAUGAAGAAAGAUCAUAUGAGGACCCGUGCUUCUAGAUUCACCUAGGUGGUGGCCAUGUGAUAUCUUGAUUUUGAAACAAGAUUAAUUGAUUGAUGUGUUGAAAACGCAUAAAAAUUGUUUUUAUCAUAGUCCCCAAAUGUAGAACACUAGUAGGAGACAGUGAGCUUUUAAACAUACAAAUUAGGCAUAUUUGAUUUGCUUGCAGCUCUCUUGGAUUACUUAGAAACCUGACUUCUUCCAGGUUUACUGGCAGCACAUCUGAGACAUUUGUAAGACUGAGAGCUCUUUUAGCCAGUAGGGCAAAAUUGCACACUUCAAGUUCUGCAGGUAGAAUAUACUUUUUUCUAAAAGAAAAAUUCUUUUAGAAUUCCUUAUUAUAAGAAGUUUAAAAGUAUUAAAAAUUUAAUUUUUAAGUUAUUAAAAAGAAAGACAAAAGCCACACCAGAAAUCUGAGAGAAACAUUUAUAAGUGUACAUCCAUGAACAGAGAGAGAGCUAUUUUGAGUGUUUGAAUGUAUUGAAAUUUCCAGUUUACUGAAUGGAUUCAGAGCUGUGUACUUUAUAAGACUUGUACUAGCUUCUGCACCUUCUGUGUUCUCUUAACCAAGUGCUACUUCCAUAAGGACUCGUUUGUUGUUAUUGCCACUUAAUGCCACCAUCUGCCACAAAUGCUUAACAUAGCAGUGGAUGUUUUAACCACCUAGUUUCUCAAGAGCUUUUGGUGGAAAUUAAAACCAAGAUGAAACAAACCUGUAUGUAUAGAAGUUGAAUGGUAUGACAUACUUUUUAAUUUUAUGUGUGUUUACUUUUUUAAAAAUGUUUUUUCAAGGCUAACCAGAUGUUACAACUGUGUUGCUAAAACAGCAGUGUUACAAGCAUAGAACAGUUGUUUCACAGGCAGGAGGAGGAAUAGUCACCUUUCGAUUCACAUUGAUAACUUACUACAGUAUGUAGAAGUUAAUGUGCUUGCUACGUGGGAAGUGUUGGGAUAUGCAAGGUAACUGAAAUGUGGGUCUGGAGUGCUAGAUUGUGAUGAGCAAAGCCAUUUCUUCCUGUAAAUUAGAUUCUCUCCCCGCCCCCCUUUCAUGUUGGAUUGGAAAUGCAAGCAAACUAGACUCUAUGAAAACAUCCAGAAGCUGUUCAUGUUUUUCGAUUGUAUUGUGAACACUCUGCUGUUCUCCAUGGGUGCUUCAUCAGAAUAUGUCCAUUGUUGUGAUGGAGAGGACUGGACUCUCAGGCUCUUGACUCUGCCAGCUGUCUCCUGCAGUUAAUGGAAAUAGAUAUUUUAUUUUAGAAUAUAAUUUAAACAUGAAGGUCUAUUCUUUGCACUUUUUAUUAAUAUAUAUAGAGAGAUAAUCUUUAAAAAAAAUUAAAGAUCCAAGUCCAUUUU